AUGGGAACCCUUUCCUCCGAUGGGCUGCUGCUGGACAAGAUCUGCUUUCCCUUUGCCUCCAGGACCUCUCUGGUUUGGCAUGACCCUAAGAGGCAGGAGCUCCAGGAGAAGGAAGCCCAUAUGUCUGCUGCAGUGGAACAGUUUGUGCAGGCAGUGAGCAAGGUUCUGGAAGAUAAUCACAUCCGAGGGGAGAAGAGAGAGAACGUUCUGCACUUCACAAGGGACGCAUUUGAAAAGGUGCUUAAAAUCUACACCUGGAUGCCUGACUGGGCCCUGAAAUCCUUAGGUGCUACAAUUGAUGUGCAGAGGACUUCCAAGAGUUAUGGUGGGAAAGACGCAAAGAAGUGGUGGAUUUUUCCACUCUUCUCUUUUGCAAAACAUCCAGAGACUAUACUGCAGCCCAGUAUCUCCCCAGGCGACUGCUGGGCCUUCCGAGGAUCUCAGGGACACGUCGUCAUUCGGUUGCCGGUGAAAAUCUGGCCAGCAGCUUUUACCAUCUGGCAUAUCUCCAGGGCAGUCUCUCCUUCCGGAGAAGUCAGCAGCGCCCCCAAAGAGUUUGCUGUCUCUGGAGUGGAUGAGGACAAAGCGGAAACGCUCCUUGGGCUAUUCACCUACGACGUGGACGGAAUGAUUGCUCAGACCUUCCAUGUGCAGAAGGAGCCUCCCAAAACGUUCCGCCAUAUCAGAUUGGAGGUGCGAAGCAACUGGGGAAACCCAGAAUACACCUGCAUCUAUCGAGUGCAGGUUCAUGGGCAGAUAGAAAAGCCACAGGAAUUUAUUAAACACGAAUAA